CAUGGAUUCUUUUGAAAGGAUUAGCAGAUUGUGUAAGGUUUCUUAUGCAGAUGAUGAGUAAGAUGCAGAGAAGGGCAUCAAUCACAUUGUUGCUGAUGAAUACCUAUGGAAGGUCCCUAGUCAUCGUAAUGCUUGGAGACAGAUCGCUAAAGAGGAGGAAAAGGGUGUCUAUUUGAAUUUCUUGAACUUUCUGAUUAAUGAUAGUAUAUAUCUUCUUGAUGAAAGUCUGAACAAAAUUCUUGAGCUAAAAGAAUUGGAAGCUGAGAUGUCAAAUACAGCUGAGUGGGAAAGACGGCCAGUUCAGGAGAGGCAGGAGAGGACCCGGUUAUUCCAUUCUCAAGAAAAUAUUAUUCGAAUAGAUAUGAAGUUGGCAAAUGAAGAAGUUAGUAUGCUUGCAUUUACUUCAGAACAGAUUACUGUUCCAUUCCUACUUCCUGAGAUGGUGGAAAGAGUGGCUAGUAUGCUGAAUUACUUUCUGCUGCAAUUGGUGGGUCCCCAAAGAAAAUCGCUUAGUCUGAAAGAUCCUGAGAAAUAUGAAUUCCGUCCAAAGGAUUUGCUAAAACAGGUUGGCAUCAACUAUAUUUCAGAACUUCUGAAGUUAAUUAUUUUUUUCAUGGUGAAUAACUAUAACUAUGAGAGGAAAGGUAAUAUGCUCUUUUCUGCGCCUAUAUUAGGAUUGGUCCUAAAAUUAUUAUAAAUACCUGAUCGUCGAUUGGAGGAACUUGAAAAUAUUUAAUUUUAUAAAUACCCGAUUAUUAGCCCAAAAAUUAUUAUUAUAUUAUAAAAUUCGUAUAGCUGUGUUCCAUCCUGAAGAUAUUUUAUUUUAUAAAUACCCGAUUAUUAAUCCAAAAAUUAUUAUCAAUUAUAAAACUCGUAUAACUGUGUUCUAUUUUCUUUCUUGCUAUGUUUGUGUCAUAUUCUUGGGGCAUUGAAAAUUCUUGUACUAAUGAAGCUAUGAGAAUUGAGAAAUAUAUAUAUAUAUGUAUAUAUAUAGGUAAUACGAAUUUUUACUUAAAGCCAUAAUUUCAAGUCUACAGGUUUUGAUUUCAUCUUACCGUCAAUUUCUUAUACAAAAAAGUACUGCCUACACCCCAUGUAUUUUAUAGUUUUGUGUGUGCCUUGUCAAUUUCUUAUACAUUC